GCCUUUCUUUUCUACAUACGAUCCUUUCAGCUAUCGUCUUUAUACUCCGUUGGGGGAGGAGGAGGAGGAGCAAUCCCUGAUUGUAGACCAUUCUCGAGAGAGGGGAAAAAAAAAAAAAAAGGAAGAAGCAGAAGGAGGAGAAUAAUACAAGAAACCUACAUGGGAGGGCGAAUCCGGGCCGUAUCCCCUUGAAGAUGGAUUCCCGGUCACGGAACGCGAAGAAGACGCCCGAGGAAGAAGAUGACAGAGGUCGGAUAAGGAGCUCGAGGUCAAGAAACACUCGACAUGACAAACGAGAUCAGGAUACCGAGACCGGCGACGGGGAGUCAUCGAAGCUCUCCUGGAUGUCGGCCGGACUCCUGUCGAGACAGACAUCUAAUACUCUAGCUCGCCAGAUGAGUAUCCCCAACGAUAGCAGGCCAGAGGAACGUCGAACGUUGGCCCAGAAGCUUCAUCUUUUCCCCCACAGACCUCACUCGUCCAAUACCUCUCGUGACUCCUCGACAAACACAUCCUCAAGCUCGUUGCCUUCUUUAGUUGACCCGGCUGCUGGUUGUGAGGCAGGCCCUCCUUCCAGCUCGAUACCAGCUGCUUCCUCUUCGACAGUUUCUGACCCCUUCGGCCAGUCCGUCACCACUCCCAGACAGACCGCCGAGACCGGCAAUGUUCCUCCCCUGAGUCCCCUGGCCGAAUUGCCGAUGGUCGCCCCCCGUGCCACAAUUCGCGGCCCAUCCCACGACCUCCCUGUUUAUCCAAACCAGUCAUACGCAAUGCUCCAGCAGCAAAUUCAUCCUACGCCCUACCGAUCACCAACUCUGCGUACUCGGAGCUCCUAUCCCUCACAUUCUGAUUUCGCUUUCCCACAACCUACCACUCCUUGGGCGCGAGAGUCGAAUGCGUCCCCAAAUUCACGUACAGUCGGCAACACCCCAAUAUCUAGUCCUGGACUAUUCUCUGCACGGACACCUCGCACCUCUCCUUCCAUCGGCUCCGAAGAUGGCCAAGCUGGUGCCCACCUGCACCGAACACAUAUGCAAGAACCAAAAGAGUAUGGAUUGCCUUACCUCCCUUAUUGGCAGCCGUUUAAUGUCCCACAUUCCUUGUGAUACUGACUUUCUAUCGUUACUAGAACGCAUACCGUCGAAGUGGAUCGCCACGAGCUCACCGGAAACAAAUUAAUCAACGAGUACGAGAUUCUAGAGGAGCUCGGACGUGGAGAGCAUGGUAAAGUCAAAUUAGGUCGCCACCUGAAGACUGCCCAGUCCGUCGCCAUCAAGAUUGUGCAACGAUACUCCAAGCGUCGUCGUCUGGGCAAGCUAGGUAACCCCGAAGACAAGGUCAAGAAGGAGGUUGCCAUCCUCAAGAAGGCCCGCCACCCUAAUGUCGUCAGCCUCCUCGAAGUCAUCGACGAUCCGAACCAGCAAAAAGUCUACAUUGUGCUCGAGUAUAUCGAGAACGGUGAGAUAGUAUGGAGAAAGAAGGGGCUGAAAGAGAUCGUUUUGGUUGAUAAACAAAGACUUGACCGUGAAAAACGAGGUAUUCCCGACUCUCUUUCUUUCAUCGAGAAUAGUCAACAGUUUAUCCAUAAUACUCAAUUGCGUCGACGGCAUAUAGAAGCCCUGCGUCAGCGUCAGAGAGCGAAAGGCGCUCAGCACAUCGGCGUUUCUGGCUGGAGCUUGGAACAUGGUGGCGAGUCGGACAACGAGCUUGAUACCGACUAUCCUCCCAUGUCCAAGUUCCCCACGGCCUCGUCGGCGCAUUCGCAUGAUACCCCUGAAUUCCAGAUUUCUCCGCAGCACUCACUCACUUCGACCGGAGAAUUCGACAGACGGAUGCGGGAGAUGGCUGGCUUCGGCAGUGAUAACGGUUUGUAUGGCGGAUACGCAUCAGAUCCCAUGUUUGCACGCCGGUACAGCAAUGCGUCCAGCCACCUAGCUUUCCAGACUGAGUCUGACUGGCUAUCUGAUGAUGAUGAUACGGGCUAUGUGCCCUGCCUAACACUUAGUGAAGCUCGUACUGCUUUCAGAGAUGCCGUCUUGGGUCUUGAGUAUCUACAUUAUCAAGGUAUCAUCCACCGUGAUAUCAAACCUGCCAACCUACUUGUUACGGGUAAUCAUCGAGUAAAGAUAUCCGACUUUGGUGUCUCGUACCUUGGCCGCCCCAUCAGAGAUGAGGAUGAGGAACAAGUUACCGAAACUGAUGCCACAGAAUUGGACGACGCUCGAGAAUUAUCAAAAACCGUCGGGACUCCUGCUUUCUAUGCACCAGAGCUCUGCUACACAGGCGUUGAGUGCGAACCUACCGUUGGAAAGGACCCCAAGAUUACCGGCGCUAUUGAUGUUUGGGCCCUUGGAGUCACGCUCUACGGAAUGAUAUAUGGCAGGUUGCCCUUCGUUGCAGAUGACGAGUUUAGUUUGUUCCAGAACAUCGUUAGACAUGACGUCUUCAUCCCAACUAAGAGGCUCAAGGCUGUUGUGGCUGAUGAGCCCGUCUCUGAUCACCCUCACAGUCAUUCUUACACUUAUUCUCAUUCCCACACCCAAAGAUCUUCCAGUGUGAGUAGCAGCACACGUUCUGAAGGUGAACUUGCCUAUGAGGCCGUCGACGAAGAUUUGCGUGACCUUUUGCGCCGCCUGUUGAUCAAAAACCCAUCAAAACGGAUUACCCUGAAGGAAAUCAAACAUCAUCCAUGGAUCACCCGGGAUAUUCAGGACCCCAAGGCUUGGAUCGAAGACACUGAUCCUGGGUACCAGAGCAAAGGCAAGAAGAUCGAGGUUUCCAACGACGAUGUCAUUCGUGCUGUUACCAAAAUGCCGUUUAUUGAACGGGUACGCUCCAAUGUCGUUAAAUGGAGUGGCAGUAUAUUUGGUCGCAGGCGAGCCCCCAGCUCUACUACAUCAGUUGAUACUGCACCCUCUGUCUCGUCUGGUAGUAGCUUGACCAUUGGUAAGGAUAUUAUCCGAGAGCUUAGAAGGACUAGUUUACGCGGUGAUGAGGAGAUUACCAGAACUCCAAGAGCCGGCAGGGAGGGCGAACAUCCACUUUCACAGAGCCUAGUGGUCAGCCCUGACUUGCAAGCUGAUAUUAAACAUCCAGAUUACUUUGGUCGUGUAGCUACAUCACGGACAGCUCCGACGUCGGUGAACUGCUCUCCUGUCCAGGAACCUCGUCCAGAUCUACCUUGUCGCACCGUCUCGAAACUUUCUAGUGCUGGAUCGACAAAGACAAUUCGCCCUGCUAAUUUGGAGAUGUCAUUCCUUAACGAUCCGUCCGCCACGGCAAGUGGAAACGACUCUUUCACUCCCUCUCCUGGUGGAAUGACCAUAUUUGGAGGAGCCAGGAACAGACUCGUCAAGAGUUUUCAUCUGCGAGACAGGCGAAAUGAUAGCUGCGAAUCCCCAGAACGUGGCUCCUUCGACGCAGCAUGCCACUCUACGCCCAGUGUAGCUAUCUCUUCCGCCUCAGCUACUGGUCUAGUCAACCCUCCAGAUCUCGCUCAUGAAUCAAAUACCACUCCAACUCCUCAUGCCUCGCCGCGAAGGUAUACCAUUCACAGACGGAGUCAAGACAACGCAACCAUUGUGAAUGCCGACAAGGAUGACUUCCACAUACACACAUCGCCUGUGCAUUAUCUUAACACCUUGGAACCCGAGAGUUACGAGGAUGACCCGUUCAAGUAUCAGCCAAUAGCCAGACCAAUCACAUCUCCUCCGUCAGCAAUCACCAUGUCCUCCUCGUCCAUGGAUGAUUAUAAUAGCGAGAUGUCCCACUGUGCAUCACACCCAAGCAUACCAUCCGUCGUAUCAGGUGCCUCCUCUCUAUCUGCAGACGGCCUCUCGGCAUACCCUGUUGACCUGCAGUAUGAGAAGAAGAGUGAGAAGGAACAUGGUACUUGCACAUGUCCAGUUGUCCCGCCGAUGCUUCGAACAGGCGAUACCGUUACGGAUGACUCCACGAGGACGGCUACGGACGACAAUAAGCGACCAGAGCCAGUAGAAAUGGAAUCUAAUGAUGAUGACCAACGAUACCACGGUGACGACGAGGACGAAGAUGACGAUACCAGCGAUGAAGGAAUUACUUUUGGCAGACGCAAGUCUAGCGUAUGAUGAUGCAUGAUCGAAAAAUCCCACUCUACAACCUUCCUCCUUGGAAUUCUCCAUUCUCUGGAUACGCGGCAUACGAAAUGAAAUAAUGACCAAAGACGUGUGAAUUGCAUACGUAAUUAUAUAAUCACUACACCCGACAAUACUACCAACUCUCUGCCAAUUACUACUGCGCCUCAUAGACCAUCAUUUCUGGUCCUCUACGCUUCCUUUUUUUCACCCUUGCAUUGUAUCAAGGCUAUACGAUAUAUCCACACGACAUCCUAUAUUUCAUACCUCAGUCACAUCCUGCAUGGGCAUUACGGAGUUUAUUCCCAUUACCCCUUCUUCCUUUUGCUGUAAAAUUUGGGUAGCAUACAUCUUUGCUCAUUUCUCUUCUCCAUUUUCCCCUCCUUUUCGUCCCCAAUGUCCCUUUUUCUCCGUCAGAUAUCCCCGUAAACCUUUGUUUCGCUGUUUAUAUUACCCUUCUUUUUAAUCUUGGGGGAGUUGAUUGACAUAAAUGGAUGCGGUCCAGUGAGGUCAACUGUUUGCAUUUUCUUCUACUACACUACUUUUUUGUUGUCUUUUGGAUUGGACGAGUCGGAAUUGGUGGGAGGGAGGUGUGUAUACUGACUGUACUGAUGAAUGAGAAACAAAUCUAAUUGAUGAAAUGAGGGAGAAAAGCGAAGAAACGAAAACACGUUAUUCUCCAUUCUCUCCUAUUUCCCAGCCGGCGUGCUCUUAUUUGGUGCUUUGAUGUGGAAGACAACCACCUGCAACCUGCAUUAUAUUCGUUUCCCCUGCAGCGAUUGAUACCAGUUCUAUCUUGCCUGACUCUUUCCCCUGUAAUCUUGGGCCGUGUAUAAUAAUAAUAAUACUACAUUUGGAUGGGGUUGGAAUCUUCAAAUCUGCAUUACAUUACGUUCGUUAAUUGCGAUUCAGACUAAAAUCGAUGUCUUGAUUCUUGGACUAUGUAUACUACAACAACUUUGCUACAAAAUAUAUAAAUAGCAACUCUUUGGCAGCUUCUUGAAGAUCUUCCGCGCUGGGAAGUCGAUCUUGUGCCUUUGUGGCGCAGUCCAUGCACCGCCCAUCCUCCAAUAU